CUUCAGUUUGAAGUCAAUCUCUGGAAUAAUCAUGUCAAGCCAGGACGAUUUGCAGACUCUUGUACUGACCACCCUUGACAAACAAGGUGUGAUAGAAGACACAACCUAUCUUAAAACCGCUGAUGGUUCUCCAGUCGAUCAACUUGCUGUUCUUGGAGCUUUGAAUUCAUUGCGCUCCAAAGAUAUGGUUGACUACAAAAGCAUUGAACGGGAAGUAUGGACAUUGACUGAAGAAGGUCAAGAGCUUGCUGAAUCCGGAAGUCACGAAGCUCGUGUCUUUGAUGCUGUCCCUGCCGGCCCAGAAGGUAUUACCAUCCCCGAUCUCCAGGCUAAGCUUGGUAAGUCGGCCAGCAUUGGUCAAGGAAAGGCCUUCAAAAACAAAUGGAUCAACAAAAAGCCCCCGAAUUACCUCGUCCGCAUUGUCGAUAGCAUUGUUGAUCAGACCAAGAUUGAUUUGCAACAACUUCAAUCUACCGGUACACUUCCCGAUGCCAAACUACUUGCCGACUAUAAGAAGCGCAAGCUUGCCGACAAGCAGAAAGUGUUUGCCUACAGUGUUUCAAAGGGCACUGACUUCUCAUUGGAGAUCAAAAAAGAAGCUACCGAUGUUACUUAUGAGAUGCUUCAAAGCGGUGAAUGGAAAAAUGCCAACUUCAAAAAAUACAACUUCGACGCUGUUGGUGUUGCGCCAUCUGGUGGUGCUCUUCAUCCAUUGAUGAAAGUUAGACAAGAGUUCAGAGAAAUUUUCUUCGAAAUGGGUUUCCAAGAAAUGCCUACCAACCGUUUCGUAGAGUCCAGCUUCUGGAACUUUGACGCUCUUUUCCAACCUCAACAGCAUCCUGCCCGUGAUGCUCACGAUACUUUCUUCAUCAAGGAUCCCGCUACAACUGAUAGAUUCCCCAAGGAUUUGAUGGAGAGAAUCAAGGUUGUUCAUGAAAAUGGUGGUGACACCGGCUCUAUCGGUUACAACUAUCACUGGAAACAAGAAGAAGCUGAGAAGCUGAUCUUGCGUACUCACACCACUGCUGUCAGUUCAUACAUGUUGUACAAGCUCGCACAAGAGACCAAGGAUUCUGGAUUCCGACCUGCUAAAUACUUCUCAAUUGAUCGUGUCUUCAGAAACGAAUCCGUUGAUGCAACCCAUCUUGCAGAAUUCCAUCAAAUCGAAGGUGUUAUUGCCGACAAGAAUUUGAGUCUUGCUGAUCUUAUUGGUUUCAUGGAUGUCUUCUUCAAGAAGAUGGGUAUGGAUAAGAUUAGAUUCAAGCCUACAUAUAAUCCCUAUACUGAACCCAGUAUGGAAAUCUUCUCAUGGCACGAUGGCUUGAAGACAUGGGUUGAAAUUGGUAACUCUGGUAUGUUCCGACCAGAAAUGUUGUUGCCUCUUGGACUUCCACCGGAUGUUCGUGUCAUUGCUUGGGGUCUUGGUCUUGAGCGACCAACCAUGGUCAAGUAUGGCAUCUCCAAUAUCCGUGAUCUGCUCGGACAUAAGGUCAACUUGGCUUUGAUUCACGAUAAUGCUGUUCCCCGACUAGACAAGAAGAUGGGUAAGGAAUUGAUCGGUAUCAACUUGGAACAACCUGCCGAAGAGAGCACCAAAGAAAAAGUCUCAGCUGCUGUUCAAGGACUUGUUAAUAAAGUCGAGAACAUGGUUGUCAACUAGAUUUGAAUAUAAUAAAAUCAUAAAAGCACGCAUAUAUUAUAUAUAUCCAAGAAGGCUGUCAUGUACGCAGUGGAGAG